AUGUGCGAGGUGGUGUUCUCCGGUGAUGAAACGAAUAAAGCAAUCUGGUACAGGGACGGCGAAGAAGUUGGCAUUGUGUCAAGUAACACAAAUGCGAUUUUCGAGAACCGGAGUUAUACUGCCGAACAGCCGGUACCAGAAGUUGGCUUUCUCAUAAUGAGUAACAUAACCAAAGGUAAGGCCGGCCUCGGGGCUUCGCUACAGGAAGAGCAUGGACACGUGCGGCCAGAGCAUCCACUUCUCGGCGAACAAGUUAUGCUGGUGUGUCCUUUACCGAGAGCAGUACCACAACCGACCAUUAGCUGGCUUUUGAACGGUGAACCUGUCGUGCACACAUCAAUGGACGCACAAACGUACCCCAAUGGAACUUUGUUUAUACGACAUUUCUCAACAGUCCAUAAUGGUGUCUAUGAAUGCGUCGUAUGGAAUUUCGCUGCUCGAACUUCAGGCCGUAUUGUGAUCGACUCGAAACAGACGUCAAAUCGAAAUGCAUUCUCGCAAAGACAAUCGACUUCAAGCUGUUCAGUGCUGUUCCGUAGCAGUGUGCUAUGGUUUCUUGUCGGAUGUUUAGUAACCAGUUGUUCGGUACUGAUCUACUUGCUGUGUGCUUUGGUCCUAAUUCGACCUAGUUCACGAGCCACAAUGGUGCCAUCGAUGUGGGCUCGAUCGAAUCCACUUCUCGGGCCAGGAUUUCGAAAAGUCAUCGUUCCCGUGCCAGAUUUUAUUACGCGACGAGCUGCUGAUUCUAAUAUUGAUCGUGGACGAAGCUAUGAAGACGUGUAG